ACUCUCUCUCUUCUCUGAGAAUUCCGUCAACUAUAAUCUGCUUGUUUCUUUUCUUCUUUCUCUCUCUAGAAAAAUGGCAGUAGAAUUGAUGCCGGGCUACAAUUUCUCAGCCAAAACGGAAGCGAAUGCCGCUCAAGAAGCCGCCGCCGCCGGUCUCCAGAGCGUCGAGAAGCUAAUCAGACUACUCUCCCACUCCCACCAAAAAAGCCCCUCCGCCGACUACCGCGUCGCCGCCGAUGUCGCCGUCGAUAAAUUCAAGAAAUUCAUCUCCCUCCUCGACCGGACCCGGACCGGCCACGCCCGCUUCCGCCGCGGCCCGAUUCCAAACCCCCAAAAUCCGAAACCAAAAAUCGAACCGGUAACCGAACCGGCCGGUCCGACCGUGAGAGCCGAGGAAAAAGAACCGGGUUCGAAGAUUUACCACCCGACGCCGAUCCAGCGGCUGCCGCACCUUCACCACCACCAGCUGAUCCGGAACGGAUCCCUCGAGAGGAAGGAGUCGACGACGACGAUCAAUUUCUCUUCGCCGGCGAACUCGUUCCUCUCGUCGGUGACCAGCGACAGCGAGUCGAGGUUCCAGAUCACGAACCUCUCCCAGGUGUCAUCGGCCGGGCGGCCGAUGGCGUCGACGUCGUCGUUCAAGCGGAAGUGCAGCUCCAUGGACGAGUCCAGCGCCAAAUGCGGCGGCUCGUCGUCGGGCAGCCGCUGCCGCUGCCCGAAGAAAAGAAAAUCAAGAUUGAAGAAGGUAGUGAGAGUUGCAGCUAUAAGCAUGAAGAUGGCCGAUAUUCCACCUGAUGAUUACUCUUGGAGAAAAUACGGUCAAAAGCCCAUCAAAGGCUCUCCUCACCCUAGGGGAUAUUACAAGUGUAGUAGUUUAAAAGGGUGCCCAGCCCGAAAGCACGUGGAGCGGGCCUUGGACGACCCGACAAUGCUAAUAGUAACAUAUGAAGGAGAUCACAAUCACGCCUAUUCCAAUACGGAGGCGCCCGUUCUCGAAUCCUCCUCUUGAUCGACGGUCAGGAACUCGCCGCAAGUUUUGAUCUCCGCCGUCUGGAUAAAAAAGGAGAGAGAAUCGAUGUUGGUCAACGAUGGCCGGAAAAAAGACAAGCAUUGGCCCCAUUUUGGUUUUAUUUACUACUGCCACUCUCUCUCUUGCUUUUUUAGUGUAUGAAAUGAAAUGAAAUGAAAUUAGUGAGGAGAAGAAAUUGUGGACUUUGGGUGAUUAAAUUUAAUCAUGAUGGAUAUUUUGGUCAAAUAUACAUUGUUUAUUAUUUA